AAAGGUAACAUUUAUUUAGUAUCAUGAAAUGUCGGGGGAAAACAAAGCGUAUUAGUAAAAAUGAGCACAGUGUGUACCCGAAAGUUUCUUUCUUUGGUCUGUUCCGAUAUGCUAGUAAGACAGAUAUAUGUGCACUAGUAGUGGGAUGUAUUUGUGCUGUUGCAGUUGGUGCCGCAUUCCCACUUAACAUAUUUAUCUUCAAAGGGGUUGUAAACGAGUUUACAGGGGGGAAUGUUGUUAUUGCGGAAAACGUAUAUGGCUCAGUGAAAUGGUUUGCUGUUUUGGGAGCUGCAAUGUUUCUCGUUUCAUUUAUCCAGGACUUUUGCAUGAAUAUUUCAGCAAGCAGGCAGAUUAACCGGAUCCGUCUGCUGUAUUUCAAGGUAUGUCACUUUACCUUCUAUUUAGUUAAUUUAUAUGUUAUCACUUCUCUAAUCUUUGGUUUUCAAACAAAUUUACACAUUGAUAAAAAUGUACAGUUUUUGAUGUCAAUCAGUCAUAGUCUUUUAGGCUUAAUUGUUAGGACUAGGAAAAAAAGAAAUUUGCUACAUUUUUAGGACAGAGAUAGUUGACAUGUAUGGCAGGAUGGUAAUAGUAAAUUAUAUUAUGAUUUUAAGGGGAUUUGAUUGCAUGUUGUAAUCAGAAGUCAUAUGUAAGAGACCAGUUUCAGGGAGUGGCUAAGGGAGUUAUAAUUUUACCUGGGGGCCUAGAUAUAUUACUAUUGGUCGCAAAUUUGGCGUUACUGAAAAGAAGUGAUGCAUUGAGCUAAGUGUAUAUAAUAAAAUCAAAUUACUGUAUGAAUAGAAGAUGGAUCGUAAUGUCAAGUGGUUUAGACAAACAGGCCAAAAGGCGAAAAAUUUUGAUACAGAGGUGAGUAAGGUUGGUAGAUUCUCUAGAAGAAAUUUAAUGAACUUCAGUUGGUUGAUACCUACAGCUCCGGUGAAUUUCACGCAGUUUGAGCUUGAUUUUUGUUGACCACCACUAAUGGUCUCAAAGUACUCUAUUUCAAAAACAUUCUUGGUUAUCACACUGUUGAAAGUCUUUUCUUACCGUGACGCAGGUUAACCUUUUAUUUAUGUGCUGUUUCGUAUGAUUCAUAGAAGCAUUCGUACACGGUUUUCUAGGUGAUAACGAAAAUACAUGCAUAUUUUGUUUGUGAGGUUAAACAUGUUGUAUUAUACAAAGCGGUGAACUAGACUGCAUUCUAACUUACUGAUAGUGCAGUGUUCUAUGAAACGCAAAUUUUAAGUGAAUUCGGUAAAAGAAACGAUGCACAUUAUGGGUAAUUGUAAUAACAAUUCUUUAUUUGUGUCAAAAAACUAAGUUUUUGAAUUGAUUUUUAUAGAAGCCACAAUUUUAAACUUCUGAAGGGCUUUUAGCUAUUAAAAUCAUUUUGUCAAUGAAAAAUAGAUAAACAUAAAUACCGAACUACAGUUUGUUGUAGUAAACGAAAGACUACUAAAAUACAGAUACAAGUAAGUUGUUACCUGUUUUUUCGGUAAAUAUUUGUUUGUUUACACUAUAAAUUUCAUAAUAAUGGUUAAAAUUUCAUAGAAUGUAGUUGAUUAUAAACGUAUCUCUUGAAUCACUCUAUUAACACCUUAGUUUACGUCUAAUAUGCCCAUCAAAAUAUCCUAGCAAUUUUGUUUGUCAGAGUAUUGUUUUGGAAAAGUAACAUUCAUACAAGCUAAUGCAAAGCAACCAUCUGAACAAAUGAGGUUUCUGGAUCCACACACUACCAAAUAACAUGUUUUGGGUCGCAAUAUAAGAUCACUUUGUGUAGCGCAACGCUCUCCAACGAGUCAUUCUGUGACAGGCAGUUGACUGUUUACGUUGCGAGGUACUUAUUAGGCUGCCUGUCUGCAAAUCCAUAUCUGUGUCAUUUAAGCGUUAAAAUGAAUUUGUCAUCUUAUUGAAAAAUUAUACUAGGUAUUGUAAUGUAAAUAAGCUUUACACACCAGCACACAAUAUCACGGUUUAUGCACAAAGUAAUUUUACUCCAUGUACGACUGCAAUAUAUGAUAGAAGCAUUGAUAGGUUACAGAUAUAUGUAACAAUGACGAAUGUGAUCACAUAAUGCUCAAAUGCUGCUGUUUAACCUGUAUGUUACGAAAAAUGUAUCAAGUUUAAUGACAGAUAACCCUAAGGUCACAAAAAUAUUCGGCACUGUGACUUCGUCAAUUUUUCAAGAGUUGAACAAGUAUAUGGUAAUAAACUGUCUCACUGAAAUCAUUAGAGUAGCGAUUAAAAUAUAUAAAAGGCAAUUGAUAUUUUCAACAGAUUCAUUAAAGUUAAAUUCAACUGCGUGUAUGACGAAAUUCUUUAAGAUUACAACACAGUGUACCGUUUUACAAAAACAUACCAUUUCAAAAUACCAUAGUUUGGCAGUUUAUAAAACAUUCCGUAUACUAAAUAUCUCAAAGCUCUCUCGUGCAAGAAAUCUCUUUAAUUCAAAGGAUCUUGUCCAAUUUCAUGUGUUUUGACAGAUUUGCUUAUAUAAAAUCAUAUAAAUGAAAUCCCUAUAAGUGACUACUUGUUGUUAAUAAGUUAUAAAUGGAAGUCUCUGAAUAUUUUGAAAACGGUCUCCACUGCUGAACUUAUAUGACACAAGCAGGGGUAUUUGCAUUAAAUACAAAAUUGGGAACUGCACAAUCUACUAUACAGUGUUAUGAGUACAUUAAAGGAAGAUUUUUCGAGUUGAAAUUCACUGAGUUCAAUUUUCAAAGUUUACAGAUCGAAUUCAGACGUAUUUUGUUUUUAUUGGUCUGACUGAGGAGUCAUCCCAUCGAAUAUAGGUUUUCAGUUUGCAAAAGAACUUCCUGAUCUGUAUGAGCUGAAAUAUUAGGCGCAGAUCUCAGUUUGCCUAGAUUCAAGACCUAAAACGGAGUUUAUCUUAAAAUGGUCAGUGGGAUUCGGCUUAAUGUGUUCGUUUCAAAUGUAUGUAACCAACAGAACAUAGAACACUUAGAAAUACUAUAUGACCAUCUGCUUAGUCGUACACCUUGAUUAAAUAUCGGCGAAUAAAUCUGAAUUUCAUUUGACCCAAACCUAGUAUAACUCAAACAUACUCUACCACUGACUUGGAUUUACAAGCUAAUGAAGUUAAGUUUAUUUUAAAAUCAUGUUUUCAUUUAGAGUAUUUUACGACAAGAUAUUCCAUGGUAUGAUGAACAGUCAUCUGGGUCACUAAUCAGCAAACUUUCUCAGAAUAUCGAGCUCAUUGAACGUGGUAUUGGAACAACACUCGGGGGUUUUAUAAAACACAUAUCAGGAUUCAUAGUAGGCAUCAUAAUAAGUUUUUCAGUGGGAUGGAAACUUACACUAGUAGCUUGUUGCAUGUUACCUGUUAUUGCUGCAGUUUUUGGAUGUUUCGGUUUCAUUAUGAAAUAUUUCACUGUUAAAGAAAUAACUGCAUAUGCACGAGCAGGUUCUAUCGCUGGCGAAGUUUUAGAAGCUGUUCGUACUGUUGUGGCAUUUGGUGGCGAGCAGAAGGAGCUAGCAAGAUAUAGUGAGCAGCUUGUAUUUGCCGAAAAGGUCGGGCUCAAAAAGUCGACGGCAACUGGUGGAGUAACUGGUGCCAUAGGAUUAACCAUCUUUUGUUCUUCUGCACUGAUAUUUUGGUAUGGUAUUAAAUUAAUGAUUGACGAAAACUAUAAUGCCGGAUCUGUAAUACUGGUAUUCAUAAAUGUUCUCUUGGGAAGUAUUUUUCUGGGCAACGCUCUACCAAGUUUUCAAUAUUUCAUGAACGCACAGGCAUCAGCCUCUGAAAUUUAUGGUACUAUUGAGCGUAUCCCUCAAAUUGAUAAAGACCGACAUGGAAAUCUCGUUCCAAACUUUUCUGGAAAUGUUGAGUUCAAAAAUGUUUCUUUCGUAUAUCCAAGCAGACCAGAUAUUACUAUUUUACAGGAUUUUAGUCUGACGAUCAAAAGUGGACAAACUAUAGCUUUGGUUGGACCCAGUGGUUCAGGAAAAAGCACCAUUAUUCACAUGCUGCAAAGAUUUUAUGAUCCUGUGAGCGGCGAGGUACUAAUUGAAGACGAGAAUAUCAAGAAUUUGGACCUGAAAGCUUAUCGUAAUCAGAUAGGUUGUGUACAACAAGAACCGAUACUUUUCGAAGGAACUAUCAGUGAUAACAUAAGGUUAGGAAAACUUGAUGCAACUCAAGAUGAGAUAGAAGAAGCUGCGAAGCUUGCUAAUGCUCACGAUUUUAUUCAGCAACUUCCGGAUACAUACGACACUUUUGUUGGUGAACGAGGUGGCGGAAUGUCAGGUGGUCAGAAGCAACGUAUAGCGAUUGCCCGAGCUUUGAUUAGAAAACCAAAGUUACUCCUACUGGACGAAGCGACGUCAGCUCUUGACACAAAAUCAGAACGUGUAGUUCAAGUGGCAUUGGACAAAGCGAGUAAGGGGAGAACAGUUGUGGUUGUUGCCCAUCGUCUUACAACAGUUCGUAACGCAGAUUUAAUAAUCGUUCUUGACAAGGGAGUAGUUCGAGAGUCUGGAACACAUGAAGAACUUGUGGCUCAAAACGGUCUUUAUGCAGCAAUGCUUAGUAAUCAGGGAAUAAGUGAGAAAAGUGCAAAUGAAGAUGCUGAGUUAUCUGAUGAAGAAUUGGUUGGAAAUUUAGACAAUGAGACACAGACUUCGAAGAAAUUGGACGGUGUCUGGACAAUUGGAGAUGAUCAAGAAAACAUAUCUGAAAGUACUGGAACGUUGCCCCGUAGAAGUAUGUCAAUUACUGCAGCAUCACAAAUCACACGGGCUCAGCUGAAAAAAGUAAAGAAAUCUCCUACAUUAAGAGUUUUACAACUUAACAAACCUGAAUUGCCGUUAAUUAUCAUAGGUUGCUUCUGUUGUCUGGUAAAUGGAACUGCUCAGCCAGCAUUUGCACUUCUAUACACCGAAGUGUAUGACAUAUUCACUUUGAGAUCAAAUCCUGACUUAAUGUCCAGUCGAAUUAGUCUUAUAAGUGGAAUGAUGGUGUUAAUUGGAGUUUUGCGUUUCAGUGCUUCUCUUUGUCAGGGAUUUCUUUUUGGGAAAUCAGGUGAAAAACUAAUCAAACGUAUACGUUCUAUGGUUUUUGAAGCUAUGCUACGUCAAGAAAUUGCAUGGUUUGAUGAACCAGAAAAUCAAGCAGGUGCACUGACAGCUAAACUUGCUACAGAUGCAACAAAAAUGUCAAUGAUUUCUGGUGCACAACUGGGUUUUAUUAUAGAAGCUUUAGCACUGAUAAUUAUGUCACUUGUGAUAGCAUUCAUUUACAGUUGGCAGUUAACUUUGGUUGUGUUAGCAUUUUAUCCGAUUAUCGUCAUUGGUGGAUAUUUACAGAUGCGUUCAAUGUCAGGAAAAGGUAAGAGUAGAAAUGACACUGAAUCAAUGCGAGUAGCUCAAGAAGCAAUCGGCUCAAAUCGUACUGUAACUACACAUACCUUAGAGGAAUACUUUUUCAAACGUUUUAAAUCUUAUGCUUCUGAAAAUCAAAAAAAAAGAACCAAAAAAAUUCUGUUUUACUCUUUGGUUUAUGCACUCGCUGAGGGUGUGCCAAUGUUUUCGUUUGCAGCAGCAUUCGCUCUAGGUGCAUAUUUGGUUUCAACAAAUGUUAUAACAGUAGUCGCAGUAUUCAGAGUUUUUGCAACCAUCAGCAUGAGUGCACAGUCACUUGGUCGUUCUGCUACGUUAGUUAUGGAUGCAAGAGAAUCAAAGCCUGCAGCGAAAAGCAUUCUAGCACUUUUAGACAGACAAUCCCUCAUUCCAGCUAACGUGGGAAUUGUACCAUCAGAAUCAUUCAGAGGGAAAGUUUCUUUCAAUCGCGUUUAUUUUAAAUACUCUUGUCGAUCUGAGGGCCGGAUUUUAAAGAACUUCACUCAUACAGUUGUGCCCGGUCAAACAGUCGCGUUAGUUGGACCUUCUGGGUGUGGAAAAUCAACAUUACUUCAGUUAGUAUUGAGAUUCUACGAUCCAUCAUAUCACGGUCCCGAUAGUGGUGUGUUUUUUGAUGAUAUGAAUAUUAGAAAUAUUGCACCUAGUUGGGUUAGAAAACAGAUUGGUCUUGUUUCACAAGAACCAACUUUAUUCGAUCUCACGAUAAGAGAGAAUAUUGCGUAUGGAGACAAUAGUCGAGAAGUGACGAUGGAAGAGAUUAUUGAGGCAGCACGUGCAGCUAACAUCCAUGAUUUUAUUACAACACUUCCAGAACAAUAUGAAACCAAAGUUGGACAACGUGGAUCAAAGUUAUCUGGAGGACAGAAACAGAGGAUAGCCAUUGCACGAGCUUUAGUUCGUAAACCUGUUUUACUUGUGUUGGAUGAAGCUACUUCAGCUUUGGACAAUGAGAGUGAGCGGAUAGUUCAAGAAGCCCUUGACGCUGCUAUGGGGUCGAGAACAUCAUUAGUUGUUGCUCAUCGCCUGUCCACAGUCGUCAAUGCUGAUUUGGUAGUUGUUUUACAGGAUGGACGUAAGAUAGAGUCAGGACCACCAGCAGCACUUCUGGAAAUGAAAGGAGCUUUCUAUGCAUUGCAUCAUGUAGAAAAUUGAAUUGUCUACCUGAACUUUUCUGUGAUCCUACUAUUUUCAAAUACUUUAUACUAUAUUUAGAACAGAGUUAAUUAUUUCGUGUAUCUUUAAUUCAUUUGCAUAAAUAAAUUAUUUUAUUCAGCG